UGGGCUGUUAUUACAGAAUAUAGCAGUAUUACAGUUUGUUUAUCUUGACCGUGCCCUUCAGUGAUUGUGCCCUUCUAUGAUUAUGCGCAGAAGCGGUCAGAAGGUAGUCUAGGUCUGUAUGGAGAUGGAGCGUGCACACUACAGUUCCCGACAUCCCAUCUCGGCAAUCGCUGUUCUCCUCGCAUGUUUACGCAUGAGGCGCUUCUGCAGUGAGCUACUGGAUAUUGAUGUGCUUUAAUGUGUCCCCUCUACUCCCUUCCUCUUACCUCUCCUCCCUCUCCGCUCUGUGUUCCAUAGAGACUCAGAUGCGCUCAGAUGCACUUGGCGUUCUAGCGGUAGAAACAGCAGCGUGAGCGUCUCAAUGCAGGGGCAGCAAGAGCACCCCGAUGGCCACCAGCACAAGAGACUGCGCUAAGCAGACGACCAGCGCCCGCUUUCACCUGUGCUUCUCAACCCCGAACCUCCUCUAGCGAAGAGAGAGGUGCUCAAAUCCGCUUUAGGAUAUCGCUUUUUUUUGUUCCUCUUUCUGUCCAUUCGAUGAAGAAGAACUGAUGACGAUGUAUCGGCGAUGGUGGAUUUCCCUUUUGUGCGUCUAUGGACUGAUGUGCAUCGUUCAUUCCAGCAAUCAUAUGCCUCGAAAUGGAGACGCCUUGUCGCAGGCGAAGGCUGUUCGUGAUGCGAGCAGGUUCGCGGAGAAGGAGGACACGGUCCCGCUCCGUCUGCUCUACAGCAUGCACAACCACAGUCAAAUCUCCCACGAUGUCAUCAGCACCAGGACUAGAGCCAGUUCCAGCCCCACACAGGGGAACCACGUGGCCCAAGCCAGCUUCCAGGUGGACGCGUUUGGUGAGCAGUUCAUCUUGAAUGUUGAACUGAACCAUGAUCUUCUGUCUUCAAAGUACGUGGAGAGGCAUAUUUCAGAAAGUGGAAAGGCUGUCAUCUUCAAAGGAGGAGAACAUUGUUAUUACCAGGGGAUAGUGCGGGGCCUCCCUGAAUCCUUCGUGGCCCUCUCCACCUGCCACGGCCUACAUGGGAUGUUCUUUGAUGGGAAUCACACCUACAUGAUCGAGCCUGGAGGAAAGGACCGCGUCAGCGGUGAUGUCCAGAUCCACAUGAUCUAUAAAUCAGCAGGAGAAGAGGCAGCAGCUUACUUCCUUCCUAAUGUUGACCUCCCAGAGCCUCCUUUCCCCAGCCCUCCAUUUCCUGGGUCAAAGGUCGUCCACAGGAGGAAGAAGAGACAGGCCCCGCGGGUUGGAGGCAGUGUGGCCGAGGAGACCAAGUACAUCGAGCUGAUGGUGAUCAACGACCAUCUGAUGUAUAAAAAGCAUCGUCUCUCUGUUGGUCAGACGAAUAACUACGCUAAGUCUGUGGUCAAUAUGGCUGAUAUGAUCUUCAAGGAGCAGCUCAACACCCGCAUCGUGCUGGUUGCCAUGGAGACGUGGGCAGCUGACAACCGGUUCAACAUCGACGACGACCCCAUGGUGACCUUGAGGGAAUUCAUGAAGUACAGACGAGACUUCAUCAAGGAGAAGUGUGACUCCGUGCAUCUUUUCUCAGGGAACCGUUUCCAUAGCAGCUGGGGAGGAGCUUCCUAUAUGGGAGGAGUCUGUUCUCUAACUAAAGGAGGAGGAGUCAAUGAGUAUGGCAAGACAGAUGAGAUGGCCAUAACCCUGGCCCAGUCUCUGGGACAAAACAUUGGCAUCUUUUCUGACAAGAAGAGGAUCCUCAACGGCGAGUGCAAGUGUGAUGACCGUUGGUCUGGCUGCAUCAUGGAUGAUGUUGGCUUCUACCUGCCCAAGAGGUUCUCCAACUGCAACGUGGAGGAGUACCAUACCUUCCUCAACAGUGGUGGUGGAGCCUGUCUCUUCAACAAACCCAUAAAGCUGGUUGACCCUCCAGAGUGUGGGAAUGGUUUGGUGGAGCCAGGGGAGGAGUGUGACUGUGGCAGCCCAGCGGAGUGCGAGAGGGAGGGAGAGAAGUGCUGUCAGAAGUGUACACUCACACAAGGCUCAAAGUGUAGCGACGGACUCUGCUGUAACAACUGUCAGAUGGAGUUUAUGGGCGUAGUGUGUAGGGAGGCAGUGAAUGACUGUGAUAUUCCAGAGAACUGCACUGGUAACUCCAGCCAGUGUCCCCCAAACGUGCACAAGAUGGACGGCUACUCAUGUGAAAAGGAACAGGGUCGUUGCUUCAACGGGAGGUGCAAGACCAAAGACAGACAGUGCAAGUACCUGUGGGGAGAGAAGGCGACCGCUGCUGAAAAGUUCUGUUAUGAGAAGUUGAACAUCGAGGGGACAGAGAAGGGGAACUGUGGGAAGGACAAAGACACAUGGGUCCAAUGCAACAAGCAAGACGUGCAUUGUGGGUACCUGCUAUGUUCCAACAUAUCGCCGGCCCCCCGACUAGGAGAGUUGCAGGGGGGACUGACGUCCUUCUCUGUUGCACAGCACAGCGCCUCGCUGGACUGCAGUGGCGGUCAUGUGAUGAUAGACGGGGACAGUGACCUGGGCUAUGUGGAGGAUGGGACAGCCUGUGGGACAGAAAGGGUCUGCUUCAACCACAAGUGUCUGCCCCUUCAGGAGUUCAACUUCAGCACCUGCCCUGGAACCACUGAGAAGACCAUCUGUUCUGGACACGGGAUUUGUAGUAACGAGCUGAAGUGUGUGUGUCACUUGGGUUGGACUGGAGACGAUUGUAACUCCACAUCUCCUCUCAGCUACCUGGUGGUUGGACCCACCGCCUCUGUAUCAGGUAUCACCAGUACUAACAUCAUCAUCGGAGCCAUCACUGGCUCCAUUCUGUUCCUGGCUCUCAUCCUGGCCAUCACCGCCUGGGGAUACAAGAGCUACAGACAGCGGUGCUACGUUGAGUCAGAGGUUCACAGAAGAUUCUGCAGGCAAAUGCCUCCUGGUGACUAUGUGAAGAAACCCGGCGAUGCAGACUCGUUCUACAGUGACCUGGCCCCUGGGGUCAGCACCAACUCAGGCUGUAGCUCCAAGAAGAGGUCUAACGGUCUCUCCCACUCGUGGAGCGAGCGAAUCCCUGACGCCAAACACAUCUCUGACAUUUGUGAGAACGGGCGACCCAGGAGCAACUCAUGGCAAGGAAAUCUGAGUGGAAAUCGCAAGAAGUCGAAAGGGAAGAAGUUCCGUCCUCGCUCCAACUCUACAGAGUAUUUAACCCCUCGCUUCCAAACAGAGCAUUAUGAUGUAACUAAGUGGGUAGAAGAUGUGAAUAAAAACACUGAAGGACCCUACCUUAGGACGCUCUCCCCGGCGAAGUCACCCACCUCCUCCACGGGGUCCAUUGCAUCCAGCCGGAGGUACCCUUACCCCAUGCCCCCCCUCCCCGACGACCAGAGGAAGGCCAACAGGCAGAGUGCCAGGCUGUGGGAGACUUCAAUAUAACACUCCUGUUAUCUACUCUGCAAAACUACUUAAGAACUACAUUUUCGUCCACUUUUCUAUAAAUAAAAAAAUACAAAUCAAAACAAAAUUGAAACAAAAUGACGAAAAAAGUGAGCAACUGGUAUGAGCGGAAAAGAGAAGCGGAGGAAGAUGAAGAGGAGGAGGGUGUGAGAGUGUGAGAAUUUGUGAGAGUGUGUGCGAGGUCCGUCAGACCUGACCUGCUCAGUAGGGGACGCUACAGGGGCCAUCUGUCAUUCCUACACUGACAAGCCAAGACAGAACGAGGAAAGACAAGAUCCCUUUCAGAUUAGUUGGAGAUCCACCAGAGAUCAGCCCUUCACUCAUUGGUGAGGAAAAAGCAAAGCUGUUGUGAUGGUAACGGUGCAGACAGAGAGGAGAGGCCUCGUUGGGGAUGUCUCCCCCACUCCCAACACCCCAACAUCCCCCCAGCUUCCACCACACUCUUCUAGCUCCUCCCUCAAACUGUCCCACCUUACCUUACUCACCUCUCCCCCCAACACCCCUCUAGCCCUGCCCCCAUGUAAACUCUCUCCUCUGAUUGGUGCUCUUCUCUGUUGAGGGGCGCGGACAGCUAUCAUAUCGGCAGAUUUCUUUACCAUUUUGAAGCACGCUGUUUAAUUACUGUAGAAAACUCCAACACUGUAUGCAUGAGAACCCCCUGUUAAUCAACUCUUCCUAGUGUCAUAAAGAAGAAGAAGUCUGGGACGGACAGCAUGCGGGGGAUGGUGAUGUCAUACAUACUGUAGGCCUUUAAGCUUUCUUUACAUUAUAGGCUUCUUCUAUCUCUGUGAUCAGCGACUCAUUAUGAACUGCAUCACACAUUAUACUAGCCAACUGCCCCUGACAUGGACCCUAGACCCUAGCCACUCCCUGUUCUCUUUCUUUCGCCGUGUCAGGUUUUCCUGAGGGAUCUAGUUAUCGUUGUAAAUAUGUACAGCUUAAAGGCAGAGUAAUGUGUGCUUUUCUUUUUGACUUACUGAGAGGUGAAUGAUGAAGGGAUGCUCCCCCUCUUCUCCUCCUGCGGUGGUUCGUGUUAUAGACAGACAGGGUCUCCGUAGGUCUUUGUAGAGACCCCGUACUUGUUUUUUCUGUCUGUUUCUCUCUUUUCAUUUCUGACUGAACUCUCUUCUCUCCCGUGUGGCUGUGUGAACACUCCAGCUUUCUUUUUCUUCCACAGCAGAAUGUACAAACAGGGUUCUAUAUUUCCUCUUUGUGUCAUCCUUUUCUCUGAGUAAUGCACACUCAGUCACAGCCCGUCAUUAUUAAGACAGUAAACUUAAGAAUGUCAUUGAUUUAUAACAUUACUGAGCAUUUUAUCCAUUUGGAUAUUGAUAAUGGUCAAUAUGAUUUGAACUAAGAUAGUCCCAUGAGCCCUUCCUCGCUACAGAGGGGAGAGAACAAGUGUUUUUUGUAGUUUUAGAUGUGAUAUACAUGUUCAUUUGGCCAUGGUUGUUUAGAGAAGUUGGAGAAAUGUCCUGUGACUAUAAUCAUUCCACACUACGGUCUGUGUGUACAUCAGGGACAGACUGGCCAUCUGGCAUUUUGGGCAAAUGCAAGAUGGCCUGGUCCAUUUUUUACACAAUGGGCCUGUCUUACUUUUUUUGGGGGGGGGGGAAAUGAUAAUUAUCUUGCUAAUAAUGGGGGCCUCGAGGAAAGAAAUGGGCCGUUGUGUUUAAAAUGCCAGAGACGAUUUCUGGUCCCAGUCCGCCCCUGGUACACAGUGUAAGACCAGACAUAACAGAUAGAUACAACUGGAACCGACAACGCCACUGAGAUCCAACUGGACGAUGUGGGAAUAACAAUGUGGAAACUGAACAUUGUGUCAGAUGAAUUUGGAUUUGGGAUUUAUUUGGAUAAAAUUAUUAAAAUGUGCAUUUUUGCUUUUGUUUUGUUUCCUACUGUAAGUUUGCCCUGCUGUCUGUAAAUGAUGAAGUGUCCUGUACAGUGCUUGCUGUUUGAGAUUUAUAGGACCAACAGAAUGACAAUGGAUCUACUAGCUAGCACACUAUCGCUGUUCUGUAGUAAUCUGUCUGUGAGGCUGUAUUACGAAAUAAGCAUGUCAUUGAAAUACUUUUUCCUUGAUUGCCAAUUGCUGUUAUCUUCUUGGAAUUUCAUACCACAAACCCCAUUCCAGUAGUGAACAGGUUUUCAACAUAAUCAACCAGGUCUCAAACAUUUUCAUUAAUGGCCCGAGGAAUCUAGUGGUUUAAAUGUGGCUUAAGAUUCAGGUUCAGGUUCUUACCUACUCAGAGUAGGAUAAAGUGUCCCUAGUCACUGAUCCAAGGUCAGUUUUGUAUCUUAUCCCCCUGAUGGUAAAUGUUGUGAUUUGGGGAGUGGAAAGCUGAUCUUAGAUCUGUGGCUAAAGGGAAACAUAUUUGUACAGAAGUCACAACCCCCAUCCUGUAGUUACUGUACUGUCCAUAUCAGCUGUAUGUUAACUGCGUAUGCUUAAGUUUAAAAUGUGGGCACUGAUCGUUUUGAUUUUCUACUGUAUGCAAUAUAGAUAUUAAGAUCACAAUAUCACAUUAAUAUUGCUACUGUAUGACAAGUCUCAAGUAUUUUUUUUUACUCUUAAGUUCCUGUAUAUGUUCACUUCUCAGUGUUGUGUACAGCCGUUAUUCAGACAGACCAACUGCAUUAUUGUUCUUCUGUGCGUUGAGUGGAAUGGAGAUAUGAUGCGGCCAUUUUAGUUUUUAAAGCACACACUAGUCUCGGACCGCUCUGGCAUGUGAAGAUCUGUACGUGUCUUCUAUGGUAUGAGGAUGGGACACAGCUAUAGCAACAUGGGGUGCAUUAUGCUAUAGAGAUCUAUGCAGGUGAGCUCAUGUUGACUAAAGCUCUCAUCACUCGUCUUAUUUCAAUUACGAUAUGAUUGGCUGGUGCUUAGUAACUUGAGAUUUGACCAAGGGAUUACCUAGGCCGUGGUAAUAUGAAAAUAAAGGAUCAUACUUGUCAAGCAAUAUUUUAAAUAUCAUACUGUCUUAAUUCUGACAUCUAUGAUAAUUUACCUGCAGGUCAUAGGAUUGAGGUAAAUUAGACGUUAGGAUGGUGGCAGGUGGAACCUGUCCAGGUAACAAGAUGUAACUUGUCUGAUGUGUGUUAUCUGUAUUAGUGGCUUGACUGACGUAACCCAACCGGACCCACAGAGAAACGUCCAAACGCACACAAAGUAUGGACAGAUUCUUGAAUGUAUCAAUACAACCAAGCACCAACCACCCAGCCGUAGCCUGUGGAGAAGUAGGUUAUAUCAGGCCUCUGAAUGCACCAUGCAGUCUACUGAGAAGUAGGUUAUAUCAGGCCUCUGAACGCACCAUGCAGUCUACUGAGAAGUAGGUUAUAUCAGGCCUCUGAAUGCACCAUGCAGUCUACUGAGAAGUAGGUUAUAUCAGGCCUCUGAACGCACCAUGCAGUCUACUGAGAAGUAGGUUAUAUCAGGCCUCUGAACGCACCAUGCAGUCUACUGAGAAGUAGGUUAUAUCAGGCCUCUGAACGCACCAUGCAGUCUGAGAAGUAGGUUAUAUCAGGCCUCUGAAUGCACCAUGCAGUCUACUGAGAAGUAGGUUAUAUCAGGCCUCUGAAUGCACCAUGCAGUCUACUGAGAAGGUUAUAUCAGGCCUCUGAAUGCACCAUGCAGUCCCAUCCUGCUGCAGUAUGCUCCUACUGCGACCUUAACUUUCAUAUGUACCGCUACAAAAUCUAUAUACAGUGGGUUCCCAAAUGAUUGACACCCUGCAUAAAGAUGAGCAAUAAUGACUGUAAAAUAAAUAAUUAAAAUACUGAACUAAAUUGUAUGUAACAAAAGAAUUGGGAAAUUAUAUUAUUUGAUAAUAAUACUUUUGCUCAGAGAAAGAUCUACCUCAAAAAGGUAGGGGUCAAAAUGAUUGAAACGCCAAAGGGUUCUUAUAAAGUAAUCAAAAGUUUCAUAUUUGGUCCCAUAUUCCUAGCACACAAUGACUACACCAAGCUUGUGACUCUAAACUUGUUGGAUACAAAAAAAACACGUGCUAGAAAUAUGGGACCAAAUAAACUUUUGACUGACUUUAUUUCUAAGAAUCUUUAGGGGUGUCAAUUUUGACAUUCCUUUGAGAAAAUAAGUAUUACUUGUUGAACAAUCGUUCACUGAGCAACUGUAUUAGCAUAAAUCAAUCGUUUCCCCCUUUAAAAAAAAAUACAAUAUAGCUCACUAUUUGAAUUAUUUCAUACAAUCAUUAUUGCUCAUCUUUAUGGAGGGUGUCGAUCAUUAAGACCCCACUGUAUAAUUACUGCACUUUUCUUUUACUGUAUGCUGUACAUAGACUGAUAAUGCAAAAAUCAAUGCCCAUAUUUGUUUUUCUUUUCUUACAAUAUCAUUCAGUAUUGUAAUAUAUUUAAUAUAAAAUAAAACUUUCAUCUUUA